AUGUGGAGGCUCUGUGUCUUCUUCGUCAUCACUAUGGCCCUUGCCAGCACCGUAUCGCGAAUCACUGGUGUAAAGCCACCCAAACUCCCACACUCUCACGUCAGGGUUGACGAAUUCUUGAUGCAGGACCUUGGAGAUGCUCUAGUCGUCACAAACCCUCCGGGAGUUGUCUAUGAGGCGACGCUGCCGGACACGCCAUUCUUCAAAGGAUGCUCGUUGAACGACAACGUCCGAGGCAUUAUCACCGCCGUAACAGCUCCGGAUGGAAACGGCGUCAAGUUUACAGUCGACUUUUCGAACCUGCCAAACGAGGGUGGACCUUUCACCUACCAUCUCCAUGUUGAUCCGAUCCCAGAGGACGGAAACUGCACCAAAGCACUCGCACACCACGACCCGUUCAUCCGCGGAGAGGCUAUACCGUGCGAUGCCUCCAGGCCUGAGACCUGCCAGGUGGGUGACCUGAGCGGCAAGCACGGCUCCGUCACUGGCGACCACCAACAAACCUACAUCGAUCCCUAUCUUUCGAAUGUGAGGGGUCCGGGCGCUUUUUUUGGCAACCGUAGUUUCGUUUUUCACUUCGCAAACAAGACGCGUAUCAGCUGCGCGAACUUCAAGCUGGUCAAGAGGUCUGCACCAUAUGACAAUACAACCGGCGUCUCCAAUACCGGUCACGCUACCAGUGCUCGAGCCAUUGCGACUCCUCGCAGCCAUGUGCCGUAUCUCAGCGCAUCUUCCACGGUUGGCGCGUCAUUUUGUUUACUGGCUGCGGCCUCCACUCUAAUCUAUCUUAUCCAAGAAAUUUCCAACGUUUGA